CUCAAACCAAGUUCGCUUCCUUGUCCAAAAAGGAAGCAACACAAAUCAUGUUUCGAGUCACAGAGAACGUCGCGAUACUUCGUCUUCUUUGCCAACGCAUAAAUUCUUUCCUCGCCUUCUUCUGGCUAACGCUCUUCGGUCUUCAUUACAGUAACAGCCUAAGAGGAAUAUGCUUCGCAGAGGAUUUCCGAACUUCUCCAACACCGCAACGACGCCCACAUUUUCUUCAUUCCGUCGCUUGCUUUCUUCAUUGCAUUCUUCGUCUAAGACCGUCGCUCCUUUCUCUGCUCCGGCGGUGGAUGAUUCUGAUGACCAUGAACCUCCUAAUACCCCUCGCUCUUCGGUUGUUCUUUCCCAGCAAGUCAUGCCUAGCUUGCUUAUUCCGCGAGUUGUGGUUUAUGACGGCGUCUGUCAUCUCUGCCACCGAUGUGUGAAAUGGGUGAUCAAUGCAGACAAGGACAAAAAGAUUAAGUUCUGUUGUGUUCAAUCCAAGGCUGCUGAGCCAUAUUUGACAGCAUGUGGUCUUGAGAAAAAGGAUGUUUUCCGUCGCCUUUUAUUUGUUGAAGGCCUGGGUUCAUACAGUCAAGGAUCUACUGCUGCAUUGCGGGUACUGUCAUACUUGCCGCCGCCUUACUCAGCGUUAAGUUUACUACUGGUGGUUCCAACGCCAAUCAGGGACUCUGUAUAUGACCAUAUAGCAAAACAUCGCUAUAAGUGGUUUGGGAGGGCUGAAGCUUGCUUAGUUUUGCGAGAGAAAGAGCUUCUUGAGCGUUUCAUAGAUUGGGACGAAUUGAGUCGCAAAUGAGAUGCAUGGUUGUAACAGCCACAAGAAAAGCAAUUGUACACUUUCCACACUAACUGUUUAGCUUCUCGUUGCUUUUGGCAGCACAAUUUUGUAAAUGAAUAGUGCUGUCAUGAAGUGCAUCGUUCUCUCUACAUCACUUUUUGUUAUCUCAUAUAUCACUUACGUAGCUAGAAUUACACUACUGACAAGUUAGUUAAUGAAAUGUGGUCUUCUGGUCAGAUACUAGGAAUUGAAAUGAUGAAUUGAUGAACCAUGCUGCUAUUGAUCAGGCAAUUCUAUGCAGCUGAUUAUCUUUUGUCUAGUUCAAAUUAUCUUGUUCUGACAAUUAAACGUUCAUUAUAGUUGUUUUCGGUUGUUGC